CGCCACUCCCUACCCAACAAUUUCUCCCUAGUCCCAAAAAUGAAGAAAGGAUAGGAAGAAAUACCCAAACUGGUUUUGAUAAUGAUUCCCGCCAUUUCUCUAUCAACUAAUACAACCAUCACCACUAGCAUAACGGUCACUUCAGCUCCCAAAACUCUCAAACACAAAAGGCUUCUAAAUUCAACCCUCAAGUAUCUGACUAAAUCAGGAAAACUCGAUGAGGCCCUUCGCCUUAUCGAAUCCUCACCGUCCAAAUCCUCGGCCGCUGAGCCGGACCUUGAGGCCUACUCCCUUCUCCUCCACGCCUGUAUCUCAAGGAAAUCCUUGGAACAUGGCCAAAGACUCUACUUGCAUCUUCUCCUCUCUAGAGAUAAACGGAACCACAACCUUAUCAAGAACCCCACUUUAAAAAGCAAGUUCAUCACGCUUUACUCCGUCUGCGGCCUAAUCGACGAGGCUUGCCGCGUUUUCGAGGAUGGGCUUGAAGAUGAACAUGUACCCGAAUCGGUCUGGGUGGCAAUGGCUAUUGGAUUUUCGAGAAAUGGGUGUUACAAAGAAGCUUUAUUUCUUUAUCGUGACAUGUUGUCCCGGUUCAUCCAACCGGGUAAUUUUUCAUUUUCGAUGGCCUUGAAGGCGUGUGCUGAUUUGUCGGAAUUGUGGAUUGGUAGAGCAGUCCAUGCCCAGAUCAUAAAGUGUGAUGAAGAACCAGAUCAAGUGGUGAAUAAUGCUCUUCUAAGGUUAUAUGCGGAGUGUGGGUCUUUCGAUGAGAUAUUAAGGGUAUUCGAUGAAAUGCCUCAACGGAAUGUUGUUUCUUGGAACUCUUUGAUUGCAGGUUUUGUUCACCGUGAAAAAGUGUUCGAGUCCCUGGGCACUUUUCGGAGGAUGCAAGGAGAGGGGACUGGGUUCAGCUGGGUUACUCUUACUACAGUUUUACCAGUUUGUUCCCAAUUGACUGCGCUGAAUAGUGGCAAAGAGAUACAUGCCCAGAUUGUGAAGUCCACUGGAAGACCCGACGUCCCGGUACUAAACUCACUAAUGGACAUGUAUGCAAAAUGUGGAGCAAUAGAUUACUGUCGGAGAGUGUUUGAUGGAAUGUGGAAUAAAGAUUUGACGUCAUGGAAUACCAUGCUGACAGGGUAUGCAGUUAAUGGGUGUAUACAAGAUGCUAUGGAGGUUUUGAAUGAGAUGGUUGAGUCUGGUAUUAAACCAGAUGCAGUAACCUUUAUUGCCUUACUAUCCGGUUGUAGCCAUGCAGGGCAUGUUGAUGAGGGACAAAGAUUGUUCACUAAAAUGAAGAACGAUUGUGGGGUGUCACCAACUGUAGAGCAUUAUGCUUGUUUAGUGGAUAUGUUGGGUAGAGCUGGGAGAAUAAAAGAGGCACUAGAGGUAGUGAAAUCCAUGCCUAUGAGGCCAAGUGGGAGCAUUUGGGGAUCAUUACUCAAUUCAUGCCGGCUGUAUGGCAAUGUUUCUCUUGGAGAGGUUAUUGCGGAGCAAUUGUUUGAGCUUGAACCUAGCAAUCCUGGGAACUAUGUGAUGCUCUCAAACAUUUAUGCAAAUGCAGGGAUGUGGGACAAUGUCAAGUUGGUUAGGGAGAUGAUGGAAAGAAGGGGAAUGAAGAAAGAGGCAGGGUGCAGUUGGAUCCAAAUAAAACAUGGAAUUCACACUUUCGUGGCAGGAGGAGGUUUUGAAUUUCGUAAUUCUGCCGAGUAUAAGAAGGUUUGGAAUGAACUCAUGGAUGCUAUGGAAGAAAUUGGAUAUGUCCCUAAGACAGAUGUUGUACUUCAUGAUGUAAAUGAAGAAAUAAAAGCAAUGUGGGUUUGUGGGCAUAGCGAACGACAAGCAACUGUAUUUGCACUAAUUCACACUUCUACCGGAAUGCCAAUUAGAAUUACAAAGAACCUUCGUGUUUGCGUAGAUUGUCACACCUGGAUGAAGUUUGUUUCAAGAGUUACCGGGAGGGUGAUUGUUUUAAGAGAUACAAACCGCUUCCACCAUAUCAGACAAGGAGCCUGCUCUUGUAAGGACUACUGGUGAUCACACCAUACUCUGAUUGAGAAGCUGCAAUUCUCUUGGACUGCUCAAACACAGCUUCUGAAUGCUUCAAGACAACAUCUAUAUGAUCUCCUACAUUCUUA